AUGGUUCCCAAGGCCGAUGUUCAGGUCCUGAUCGUUGGCGGCGGUAUUGCUGGGUUGACACUGGCCAAUAUCUGUAAGAAAAUUGGGCUCAGCUACAAGGUACUCGAGCGUACGGCCGAGGUAACCCCCGUGGGUGCGGGCAUCUCGCUGGCCCCGAAUGCCCUCCGGUUACUCGACCAACUCGGCUUCAUGGACAUCAUUCGGAAGGAAGGCCAGCCGCUACGAAAAAUCCAGGUCUACCGCAACACGACCCGAUGGAGUCUACUUGACUUUGAAUGGCUCGAACCAACAUAUGGCUAUUCAAUGUACUCGAUGCCGCGACACAGCAUGCACCGCGCCUUGUACCAUCGGGCGGAUCCGGAGCACGUCAUCCUGGGGGCUGAAGUUGUUGGCAUCGAGGAUGAGUCCAAUUCGCCAACAGUCAAGGUUCGUCUGGCCGAUGGCCGCGAGUUCAGCGGUGAGGUGCUCGUGGGAGCCGAUGGCAUCCGGUCGAUCGUACGGCGGCUCCUUGCCGACAAGCAAGGGCUGGCAGGCGUCAACACCAUCCGGUUCACCGGACGCACCCACAUGACGGGCAUCUCUUAUCCGCUGGAGCAUCUCGGGCCUAACGAUCUCGGCGUGGCAACCUGGGUUUUCUACGAUGACUGUAUCCUCACCUCUUGGCCGUGCACCGAAAAUCGUCAAUGGUUUGUCGGGGUCAAGUCCUCCGAAGCCAAGACCACGACACGAUCCACCUGGAAAGGUGCCACUAAGGAAAUGAUCAACGAAAGUUACGGACACCGCUUCCAUCCGUUUGGCAAGAACUACACCGGCGCUUGCCAGGCGAUUGAAGACGUGGGGGAGUUGGCCAACGUGCUGCACACCUACUUCGCCGGCCAAUCGGGCAAUCCGCAGGUGCUGCGGGAUUUGUUGACGGACUUCCGCAAGAGCCGAGAGCCACGGGCACGAAACCUCGUGUACUAUUCAAGUAUCUUCGCACAGGUGCAUACAGGACGCCUCCCGUACGGGUUGGGGCCACUGGCACGCCGGCUUGCCUUCUCCUAUGCCCCUGUGUGGUGUUGGAAAUGGGCUUGCAAUCCGCUGUACGGCUACCAGCCGCGCGUACACGCGUUGGACCUGUUGUCACGGUAG